CCAUUCCACGUGGAUUUGACCAUCAUAUAUAAAUAUAAAUAUAAAAUGCAAAACAAUGAACGAGGGGAAUCCACGUGGAAAAAUAAAGGAGACAACUGUAGUCAUUGAAUGCUUCACCGGAAUGCAACCCAUCUAAACCGUCCAAAGAAUCCAAUAGAAUCCCCCGUCUGCGUAAAUAUUGUGACCGAACAAUUUUAUCAUCUCUCUGUCCUUACAAGAAUAUAGCUGAAACACCCACAAACAAACAUAUCCCACAAACAACACCAUCCCUCUGUGUCUCUAAGAAAGCUUGGUCUCUGUUCCUUGAAAAUUUGACUUGGAGUUGACGCUUCUGUUCUCUCUUCCUCCUCUUAUUCUUCUUUAAUGGAAAACCAAAACCAGAUUAGGGAAAGGAAGACGGUGGAUGGGGCUUUGGUAGGGUUCUCUCCGGUCUCUUCCCCUCGGAUUUUUUGGAAAUCUCGAAAGAGAUCAGCUAGCGGGAGGAGUUUAGACAAGGUAACGGAAGACAAUGCUAAUGAAACACCCAACAAGCAGGGAGGAGAGCUUAUGACUGAAGAGAAGACGCAGGACCCUACUGCAACAGCUGAUAUCUCUGAGCGUCGAAAGGCUCUGUUUGAACCUUUAGAGCCUAUAACCAAUAUAAAUGGCCGACGGCCAUCAGCUGAGUCGUUACUCCCGCCACCCGACUUUGACUCUGCAAGCUAUCCCCAAGGUUGGCUGAUGGGGAAGAAGAGAAAACUAGUCAACGUGGAUGUUGUCGAGAGCAUGAGGAAGAUUGCUAUCCAGGAAAUGAACAGGAAGGACCGGGAGAUUGAUGGCCUGAAUCAGCAAUUGGAAGAGGAUUCUCAGUGCCUAGAACACCUGCAGCUCCAACUCCUGCAAGAACGAAGCAAACGUGCAGAGGUCGAGAGAGAGAAUGCAAUGCUGCAAGAGCAGAUAUCCAUGUUGAUGAACAUGUUGCAGGACGAGUCAAUGGGGGAUGAAGGCGCAGAGGAGCCAUAGUGGUCGAUUGCUUGGUUUGCUUGUUUUUUGUUUUUUAUUUGGUUUUUUUGUAGCGUGCUCGGAAAUAGUUUAAUUGCAAUCAUACAAAAACAUCGUAUAUUUAAUAUAGCAUAGGUUGUUGGCACUGUUUGUACAUGGGAUAUAUUCCAUUUAUUUGUAACAAGUUUCAAUCUUAUAUAUUUUUGCAUA